AUGUUUAAAAAUAAAAUUGCGUUAUUUAGUAAACGAAAACGCAUGCAACUCCUAGUGACGCUUUCAUGUCAUAUUUUGAACUUCUCGCAUGGAAUUGGCUUUGGCUGGGUAUCGCCGACUGUGCAAAUCUUACAAACCCCUGAGACGCCUUUCGAAGUACCUAUAACCGUCGAACAGGUUUCCUGGAUCGGUUCGACAUUCGCUUUUGGAUUUUUGUGUGGAAAUAUUAUUUUUGGCCUAACCGUAAAUCGCUUAGCCCGCAAAUACAAUAUGUACCUAACGGCUUUUCCACAUAUGCUCUUUUGGAUAUUGAACUAUUUUGCACAGAGUGUUGAGUAUCUAUAUGCGGGUCGUUUCUUUGCAGGACUCACCAGUGGUGGAUUGUUUGUGAUAACGCCAAUAUUUCUCAGUGAAAUAUUAGAUGUAGAUAUUCGCGGUGCUCUCAUGUCCAUGGGCAUGAUGUUUGUCAGUUGUGGUGUUUUGGUUGGUUUCAUAUUGCCCACCAAAGUCAACUAUUACGUAACACCCUGCAUUGCCGUAGUGUUUCCAAUAUUUUAUCUACUAGCAUUGUAUUUCUUUCCGGACACGCCACACAGCUUAUUGAAACGCAACCGUUUGGCUGAAGCAGAGGAGGCUUUUAAUUUUUACAAAGGCAUCGACUGCCACAGCGUUCAAAAAUCCAAUGCCUACAUGGAUCGAACUAAGGAAGCUUCAGGCAUGCAAAGUGAAUUUGAGGAAUGGAAAGCGAUAUUUUUGAAUGGGAGCUCGAGUCAGCGCGUAAGGCUGCAGGAUUUCU